AGACUCUAUACAGCUGAGUAGAUCUGAACAUCACACAACACUGUGUGGAGCAGCUGCUCUGUUUUUAGCUUGUUCUUAUACUAGAUCAGUGAGUGAACAUGUUGAUCUAUAUUAUUAUAUUGCUGUCAUCAACUGAAGGUUACGGAGCCUCAGAAGUCAUCACUCCAAAAAGAAACAGAGAAUUUGCUCUUGAGGGUGACAUUAAUGUGACACUCUCCUGUAACUACAGCGGUUCUGCUGUUGGUGUUCACUGGUAUCGUCAAUAUGCAGGUUCACCACCACAGUUCCUCAUACUGGAAUAUUCAGGGAUAACAACUCCAGCUAAUCCACCCGUUCCAGGAAUAACCAUCAAUCACAGAAAAACUGAAAGCCAUGUGGAUCUGAUCAUCUCCUCUGCUGCUGUAUCAGACUCUGCUCUGUACUACUGUGCUCUGGAGCCCACACUGACAGGAAAACAGACUGCACUGUACAAAAACCUACCAGUAUUUUGGGAAAGUUAUGGAGCAGCAGAAGUCAUCACACCAUUCAGUGAUUAUCAGUUUUCUGAUGAGGGUGAGAGUGUGACACUCUCUUAUGGCUACACUGGUUCUGUUCGAGGUCUUCACUGGUUUCGUGAAUACGCUGGUUCACCACCAAAGUUCCUCAUUAUGGAUUAUAAUGGGGCAGUUAUUAAAGCUGAUCCUCCAGUUGCUGGAGUCUCAAUCCAUCACAGAAAAGACAACAGUAGUGUGGAUCUGAAGAUCUCCUCUGCUGCUGUCACUGACUCCGCUCUGUACUACUGUGCUCUGGAGCCCACAGUGAAAGGAAAUCCACUGCAUGCUGUACAAAGAGCUGUUAUAUAA